AUGAAAUCUGGAUGCACCUCUGCUUGCAGAGUCGCCGCGGCACUCUUGCCCUUGCUCGCCGGCCGUCUCGCACUCGCUGACGCCACUCAUCACAACGUCGUUGACGGCCUCGGGUUUUUGCCCACCGUUCCCGGCCUCUCUCCACGCCCGGAGCCCCCGGCUCCCGCAGAGCACACAUUCACCCUGCGGCACAUUUAUCACCAUGGCACCCAUCGGUAUCCCGAGCUUCACCGGAAGCGCGACGUGGUGCCAGACGAAUCGCCCCGCAUCUUCCUUGCUUCCGACGACGGGCUCCCGGAACACGAUAUCCCACACCUAAAGGCAAAGAGUCAGGCUCGCACCAUCGAGCGCAUGGCAGACCGACGCCCGUCCGUUGUCGACCCCCUGGUCGCUCAGUCGAGACGGAACGGUUUCGCCGCCGUUCUGGAUGCCUCAGCCUGGGUUAUGGACGACGUCUCGUCUCCAGACGUUACUGAUAAGGAUACGGUCUUGAGUUUGGCCUACAUGGCCGCAGACGCGUAUGUGGAAGACGACGGGCAACCUAAAUGGGACGAUGUGGGCGAACCGUUCAACCGAAGUGCCGAUUUCGGCUGGCACAGCGACGGUCUUCGCGGCCACAUCUUUGCUGACGAGACAAACUCAACCAUUGUCAUCGGCCUCAAGGGCACCACCCCCGCCGUAUUUGAUGGAGACGGCACGACAACAAAGGACAAGAUCAACGACAACUUGUUCUUCAGUUGCUGCUGCGGGCAGCAGGGGCAAUGGACCUGGCACCAGGUGUGUGACUGCGCCACGGGGACCUACUCGUGCAACAACACUUGCGUCGUCGAGGCGCUGCGUCAGGAGGAUCGCUAUUACGCUGCUGCUCGCGAGCUCUACUCCAACGUAACGGAGCUCUAUCCCGACGCCACCAUCUGGUUGACUGGUCAUUCGCUCGGCGGCGCAGUCACCUCCUUCCUUGGCCUGACCUACGGCUUGCCCGUGGUCACCUUUGAGGCCGUGCCAGAAGCGCUCGCUGCCUCUCGCCUCGGCUUGCCCGUACCUCCCGGUGCAGAGCCCGGCUCUCCUCAGACCCGAGAGCACACGGGCGCAUUUCACUUUGGCCACACGGCUGAUCCCGUGUACACCGGAACCUGCAACGGUGCGACAGCCUCGUGCUCCUUUGGCGGAUAUGCCAUGGAGACGGCCUGCCACACCGGGCAGGAGUGCGUGUGGGACGUUGUCGCGGACAAGGGCUGGCGGGUAGGCAUCGGCACUCACAAGAUCAGAGCCGUGAUUCAAGACGUGAUUCUCGCGUAUGACGAAGUGCCGCCCUGCAAAUUCGUCCCGGAAUGCCGGGACUGUGCCCAGUGGAAGAUACACGCCGACGGCGACGCCAACAACGUCCACCUCGUCCUCAACGUCCACUUGCAAGACCCCUGGAUGGUUUUGGUGCAAGGACAAGACGUCAACUACUACCACUACCACCACCACAGCAACAACAACAACGACAACCACGACGUCUUCCUCGACCACGACUUGCAAGACUCCAGCACGCAAAUGCCGCCACCACAACUGGGUGGGCCUCUGCAGAGAAUGGGAGGGUGA